AUGAGCCUGCUACUUAGUGGCCUGAGAAUCUGUGGGGCAAAAAGAAUGAAUGGGCAGCCGCCCCAGCACCCUAGCGGUACAACCGCCGCCGCUGCUCUUCUUGCCGUCGCGCCUCCCUUGCGCCGCCCCAUCACCACACGCGUGCUUCCGCCGCGUCGUAGCCCCUCGCGCCUCCGAUCACGUCCGUUCCCAACCGACCCGAUCGUGUUGCGUGCUACACCAGAGGUCCCUCGCAAGCACUCGCCGCACACCACCGUGCUCACCGCCUUGCCACCGCCGGCCCUCUCCGACGUUGCCGCCCUUCUCAACAAGGAGCAAAUCGUCGUCCUCGCCGUCUCUCUUCAGCAGACCCGGCUGCAGCCCCACGAACCCGAUUUGGGUGUUUUGGUUUCUAUGGCUACCUCCGACUCCACCAAUGGCUCUCCAACCGGCGACACCACUAUGAUCCCUACGCCCACAGAGUCGCCGUCCUCUUCUGCCAAGCCAGCUUUUCAUCCGGCCCUUGCUGUCACAAAUAUCAAAAACAACAUUCCUUUCAAACUCGAGAUAGACAAGGAUCAUUAUGCUAUGUGGGCUGAAUUGUUUGAGACUCAUGCUCACGCCACUCAGGUGCUCCACCACAUCAUUCCUCAAGCUGACAUGGAGCCUCCUGCGCGCACCGAUGCUUCCUAUGCCCGGUGGGCCACUCUUGACUCCACUGUCAAACAGUGGAUUUAUUCCACCAUCUCCUUUGACCUUCUCUCCACUGUUAUGGAGAAAGGUUCUACUGCUAUGGCUACUUGGAACCGUAUCGCUUCUAUGUUUGAGGACAAUCAGAAUUCGCGUGCUGUGGCUCUCGACCAGGAUUUCAUCUCCACUCGCAUGGAGGAUUUUCCUAGUGUUUCGGCCUACUGCCAGCGUCUGAAACAUAUCUCUGAUUAG